AUGGUUGUAUGGAGGCUAUUAAUUGCAGGUUUGCAGGUAAUCGAUAGAGGUAGGCGGCGGUGGCGGUGGCGAGCGGCGGUGCGAGGUGGUGCGAGGUGGCGAGCGGUGGCGGAUCAUGGCGGCGCGGGGCGGCGGGCGCGGAGAGCGGGGCCGCCGCCCGCCGCCCUCGUUAAACGCGGCCGAGCGCCGCGCCGAGACAGCGCCGAGCCGUGCCACGCCGCGCGGAGCCGCGCCGCGCCAAUCGUGCUCGGCGACGAGCCCGCCCCCGGCGCGGAGCGCGAGGGGCGAGCGAGGGGCGCGGGCGGGGCUCUCGGCGGCGCUCGCCGGCUCACACCGCGCGCGACGCCGGCGCGCACACUCGCACCGAUGCGCGGCUCCUGGGACGAGUCCACGACGGCGGCGCUCCACGCGCGCAUCCUGGAGGCGCACCGCGGGCCCGCCGCGGCGGACCGCGCCGCCGAGCCCGCCGCCUGCGCCGAGCCCGCGCCCGCGCUCGCACUCAACGCCAUCGAGCUGGCGGCGCCGACGCCGCUGUUGCCGCUGCCGACGCUGUCGUUCAGCGCCGCGCAGGUGGCCACCGUCUGCGAGACUCUGGAGGAGAGCGGAGACGUGGAGCGGCUGGCGCGAUUCCUGUGGUCGCUGCCGGUGGCGCACCCCAACGUGGCCGAGCUGGAGCGCUGCGAGGCAGUGCUACGAGCCCGUGCCGUUGUAGCGUUUCACGCAGGGCGACAUCGCGAGCUCUACUCCAUCCUUGAGCGACACCGGUUUCAGCGCUCAAGCCACGCCAAGUUGCAGGCUUUGUGGCUGGAGGCACACUACCAGGAGGCGGAGAGAUUGCGCGGGCGCCCUCUGGGACCCGUUGACAAGUAUCGCGUGCGCAAGAAGUUCCCACUGCCGCGAACCAUUUGGGACGGCGAGCAGAAGACGCACUGCUUCAAGGAACGCACUCGAUCACUGCUGCGCGAGUGGUAUCUGCAGGACCCGUAUCCAAACCCCACGAAGAAACGUGAGUUGGCGGCGGCGACGGGCCUCACGCCUACGCAAGUCGGCAACUGGUUCAAGAACAGGAGACAGCGGGACCGCGCGGCCGCCGCCAAGAACCGUUCGGCGCUGCUCGGCCGGGGGUUCGCCUCCUCUUCCACAUACGACGAGGACUCGGCCGACUCGGAGAUCAACGUGGACGAGGAGUAGCCGCGGGGGCCGCCACCGCUCCAGGACUAUUUGUAUAGCGUGGUGUAGGCGUGAGAGUGAAGUGUCGCGAGUGCCGGACGCUGCGCGUGCGCCGGCGGCCCUCGCAGGUAUGUACCGAUUUUGUUGCGGACUUCCACACAAUGUAGCACUGUGUUAGGUUUUCGCGAUUUGAACACUAGUUUGGACUACGUACGUGGCUUUUUGUCGCUUGUGUUUUUAUAAUAAUCAAGUCUUAUCAGAAUUUUACCAGAAACGUCACGACUUUACAUAUAAAAACUCUACAAUACUUUAAUACAGUAGUUACAUUUGAACGUAGGAACAGAAGUGACAGAGAGCCGCUGCGUGUCCAGUGUAUCGGUUAUAGUGGAGGUAUAACAGGGUUAUUUUACGUUAUGAACUCGUUCGGAAUGUUGUUAGUUUAUUUAUUGAAGCCUCUCGUACCGACGUCGAAUUUCAACGAGCAUUUACUUGCCUGAACAUAUUACCAAUAUAGAUUUUAUUUAUAACAUUUAGUUGUAACAUAUGGGAUAUAUUUUCGCGUAGUUGAUGCUAUAGGUGUGUACCUGAACACGAAGUUUCAUUUUAGUUAUUUGGACGCUUAGAACUAAAUAUUUGGAUUUCACAAUACCUCUACGUAUGUUAAGGAGUGUAUACUUUAGUGAUGUUUUUAAUAUGAUAUCAGUUAUAAUUGUUAGAAAUGCUGUAAAAGUGUUACGAUAUGGUUUAGAGCUUAGACUCUAGGCCUAUAUGGUUACUAUUAAUUUAAAAAGUUAUUUAUCUCGUCAAUGUGUUGUUUAUGUUGAAUACAUAUUUAGACAAAGCAAUUUAUUUAAUAGUGGAAUGACCGUAUUAUUGUUUAUCGAAAAUUAUUGACGUCAUUUUGAUUACAAAUAAUUUCUGAUUAAGUCAAACUCUUUGUGGUAUCCGACGGCUUAAAGUUUGGCGAAACUUUAAAAUAUUCUUGAAUUAAAAACGCUAGUAAGUUCGCUCCUCGGGACAAACACGUGUAAUUCCAAUAUGUAAUAUUAUUUACUAUACAAAGUCUUUUCAAUUAGCGUGAAUUGUAUUACUUUUUAUAACUUUUGAAAAUAAAUAACCACCUACUUAUCUUAUCGUUCUCGAUACAAUAGAAUUGUUACGGAAAUCAAAACCAAUGAACUGGAAAAAAUACUUUUUUAAUAUCAGCCUUAUUUAAAAGAAAUAGGAUAUACAAACAAUAAGCUCAAUGUCUCAUAUAAAUAUGAAUUAAUUUACCCUAGAAUGUAGUUAUGGAUUUUUUAUAUUUAUUUCAACAGUGGAUAGAGAUCGACCGUAUCGAAAGUAUGAUUGACAAAUUUUUAACUUUAAAGAAAGAGAAGUUAAACAGACAUGCAAAUGUAAUGCAGAGGGUUCUUGACAGUAGGUGAACUGAAAGUGGUGUAUAUUGUAUAACAAAACCGAAGAAUUCAUAUAACCCCGGUUCCUGCUGACUAUCCUUUAUGUAGAAUUGAUUUAGAAUCUAAUUAUCAUCAGAACGAUUUGCAGACUGCAUUAAUGCAUAUUAGUACUUAUAUAUUGUGUCGGGCUGCCUUUUGGAAAAUGUUACCUUUCGCCACUGACGUCUAAAGUAACAAUCGAUAUUUAUUAUUCUUGAGAGUUAUGUUGGUGUGCUCCUACAUCUCUGCCUCCUCGUCUAGGAUUUAGGCGUGAUUGUAUACGUGUUUCAACUCGGUUUAUUUAAAUUCAAUUAGAUUUUUUAUAAAAAGAAAACCGUUGCCGUGUGAAUGAUCUUAUAAGUGGUUCUGACUAAAGUUACGUUUUAAAUAAGCGAACGAGAUGUUAAAAAAUGUAGGUAUCUUAUUCGAAAUAUAUUUAGUUCUCGAUUUUGAUCUAUUAUACUAUUAUCUUUUAUUUAUGUUUGUUUGAAAAGUUUUUACCAUAAUCAUUAUUUGACAAACAUUUAAAAAUGUUCUAAAAAUUUCACAAUAAUUUACAAGUACAAUAUUAAUAAGAAAUAAAUUCUGUAGAAUUACAACACAUACGUCAUGUUUAGUGUAACGUUAAAUAGGAACAAAUGAUUGUAGUUACGCUCUACAUAUGACAUACUAUUCGUUUUUUAACCGAUGAUAUGUACAGGUCAAUGACUAGAUACAAUCUUAGUAAUAAAUCAACCAGUCCAGUAAAAACUUAAUAGCUUACAAAUAUUACAUGGAAAAAGGGAGAAUGUAUUUGCAAUAGAGGUUGCGUUUUGAGGUAGGUAACAUAUUAAAAAAAUAUGUUUGACAAUCUAGGCAAGUUAUGCAUAUUAUCGGGAAGAGUCCAGAAUCGGCUAUAUGACAUAAAAAACCAGUGAUUUAUUUUUAUUCGCUCCCCCUAGCGACAUUAGUUCUGUUUUUAUGUAUUGUUUGUUAAUAUUUUUAUUUCUUUUCUAAAUAUCACAGUUUUUUUGUCAUUUAUACAGUAGUAACCAGUGAUAAUUACAAGGUAUUACAUUAUCAAAGACAGAGACAGAACUUUAAUGCAGGUAAAACCGCGGGCAUACGCUCGUAAAAUAACAGUAAAAAGUUUGUAGUUAAUGGUAGUUGAUAAAACAGACUUGACGCUAUACUAGUUAUGUUAAUAUCUGGUGUAUUCCUUUUGAAUAGCGAGGAAGUAAACAUGGAUUAACAACAAUGUAUUGGGCUUGGGACGUACAUUCCAGUUUCGAUGCGUGUUAGAGUUUUAUGAUUUUCAAAAUAUCACCAAGUUGCACCUGUUCUCAAUAUGAAGAUCGCCAAGUUGCUCUUGAUUGGUAUUUAUUCACAAUACGGUGAUAAAAUUUAAAACAACGAUGUAGUUAUUGCAAUAAUACUCGCGUAGGCUAAAAGCAAUCCACGUCCAUCACAAAGCGGGAAAAUGGGCUUGGAAAUGAUUGCGCAAUCCCGAUUGAUUUCCGCGUUGAAAUACAUCAUUCUAAUUUUUCAUGUAGCCUUUUAUGUCAAUGGUUUUUUUUCUUAGAAUUUUAGUGGAAGAAUACUAACGAAAUUAGAUUUGUACUGUUAUAAGUUCUUCACCCUGAGAACUACUAAUUUAAUGAUUAUAAGCGAACUUCAUUAAAGCAUUGGUAGGUCUUUAAACGUUUUUGGCUACUGUUUUGUAAUAUAAAUAAAAUCUUAUGGCUUAUACUCUUUGUAAUAAACUGGAAUUGUAUAGGCGUUUUAGCAGUUCUUCUUUUUCCGUUCGGGUAUCAAACGCGCUACGUUUUGCUACGCGGGAUAGAAAAAAAACGGUGUAAGGCUUCGUAAGUCAAACUUAAUAAGAAAAUGAUUUUAAAUCUCUAAGAUAUCUAUGUCGCUCUCUUUAAUUUCAAUAGAAUAAUUUACUACACUUUUUAACAUCUACAAUGUCUUUUUUAAUCCACUGAUAUUGUAAACUUAACAACAAAA